AUGGAGCUGCGCAAGAAGCGUCUGGCGGAAAAGCUGGCCUGGAGCGAACAGAGAAUGAAGGAGGAGGCGGAGAUGCAGGCGCUGGAGAUGAAGACUCAGCGCGAGAUCGAGAAGAAGCAGCUGGCGCACGACCAGAAGUUGCUGGAGCGUCAGUUAGCUGCGGAGAAGGAGUUUUUGAAGAAGAAGGCGACGGUGAAGAAGCAGAUUGAAGCCAGCAAGGCCAAAGUUAACGCGCUGAAGGCCGAAGAAUCCUCGAAGAAGAAGGUGACUGACUGGUUGAAGAGCGGCGAGAAGCCUGGAAGCGGAAAGACGCCGAAACCGAAGCCGGAAGUCACUCCCGAGAGUAGCAGCGAUAGUCACGAUAGUGAGUCGGACGGGGAAAAGAGCGUUUCCGGAAAAGGAAGCGUUAAGCUAACCUCGAAGAAGAAUGGCGGGUCGGUUUACAGCGCCGCGCGUAUCUUGCGAGAGCAAAUGGCUGCUCGGAAGGUGUUGGGGCAUGCUCUGCCGAAGUUCAGGGGCGAACCCGAAGUCUGGCCGCUGUUCAUAAGCUGUUUUGAACAAACUACGGCUGCGUGUGGCUUCACCAACCUCGAAAAUCUCUCGCGACUGGUGGAAGCACUAGAAGGCGAAGCAUUGGAGAACGUGAGGGGCAGUCUGGUUUUCCCGAGUGCAGUGCCGGACAUAAUCCAGGAUCUCCGGGACAUGUUCGGGAGACCUGAGAAGCUGCUGAAAGCGCUGUUGGCGAAGGUGAAGCAGGCGCCGGCGCCGCGAGCUGAUCGUCUGGGGACUUUCAUAAGCUUUGGGAUGGUGGUUAAGCAGCUGUGCGACCACCUCGAGGCGGCAAAUCUGCACGACCACCUGAACAAUCCGAUGAUUGUGCAGGAACUGGUUGAGAAGCUGCCACCGAGCUACCAGAUGGACUGGGUCAGGUUUAAGCGGGGCAGGAAGGAAAGUCCGCUUCGCAGGUUCACCAAUUUCAUGAAGGAGAUCGUGAACGAUGCUGCAGAGGUGGCGGAGUUUUCGUCGCUGAACUUAAGCGACCAGAGCAAGAUGGGAAGCGGAAGGGCGCACAACAAAGAGUUCGUACACGUUCACGAAUCGGAGCAGAAGAGGGUCGAAGCAGCGCGCGCUGAAAAGCCCAGCAAACCAUGCUGGAUCUGCAAGCGGACGGAUCACUUUAUGCGUUCCUGUGAGCAGUUCAAGCGGAUGAACGUAGCGCAACGUUUGAGAGAAGUUGGCAAGCUGAAUCUGUGCAACCGGUGCCUGAACAAGCAUGGAUCCAGUCCGUGCAACUCGAGGGUCAAGUGCACGGUCCCAAACUGUGUUGGGAACCAUCAUCCGCUCUUGCACCGCGCGGAAGAGUCGGUGCAGCUGCAAAAGGCGGAGAGCACGGGUCGCUCAGUGAUCUUCCGCAUGAUGCCCGUGACAUUGUACGCAGGGAAAAGGCAGCUCGACACGGUAGCUUUUCUGGACGAAGGAUCGUCGGCGACGCUGAUGGACGACGCGGUGGCCAAGCAGUUAAAGGCGGAAGGUGUUUCGGAGCCGCUGAUCGUCACCUGGACCGGAAAUAUCAACCGGAUUGAGGACGGCUCGCGCAAGGUGGACUUGAUGCUGUCGGCCAGGGGCUCGACGGAGAAGUUUCCGCUAAUGAACACGCGAACCGUGGGGAAGUUGCUACUUCCGGAGCAGAACGUGAACUACGGAGAGGUAGUUAAGAAGUAUUCACACUUGUCCGGUGUGCCGCUGCAAGAUCUCCCGUCAGGUGUUCCAACGAUACUGAUCGGUCUGGACAACCUUCACCUUUUCGCGCCGUUGGAGUCGAGGAUCGGCAAGUCCUGUGAGCCGAUAGCCGUACGAUCAAAGGUCGGGUGGACGGUGUACGGUGCGGAGAAGCGAAGAGCGAGCACGCACGCCUUCCUGAAUCUACACUCGGUCGCGCCAGUGACCAACCAGCAACUACACGACAUGCUGAAGGAGCAGUACAUGCUGGAUGACCAGGCGCCGUCUACGUUUCCGAUUCCCGAACCAGUGGAAGAAACGCGAGCGCGAGAGAUCCUGCUAGCGACGACGAAGCGAGUAGGUGAACGUUUCGAGACCGGCUUGCUGUGGCGUGAGGACGAAAGAAAAUUUCCUGACAGCUACCCGAUGGCCGUUCGGCGGAUGAAAGCGCUCGACAGAAAGUUGGAGAAGAAUCCGGAGCUAAGGGAAAACGUCUGCCAGCAGAUCGAGGACUAUCAAACCAAGGGGUACGCGCACAAGAUCACCGAUGCAGAGCUGUCGGGGACGCCAAACGAGGCCGUGUGGUAUCUACCGUUAAACGUCGUGGUGAAUCCUCGCAAGAAGAAAGUGCGCUUGGUCUGGGUCAACGGCACAUCCCUGAACACAGAGCUGCUGAAGGGUCCGGACAUGCUGGUUCCGUUGCUCCGCGUGAUCAACCACUUCCGAGAGCGGCCGAUCGCCAUUGGAGGCGACAUCCAGGAGAUGUACCACCAGAUACAGGAGAUGUACCACCAGAUACGGAUCAGGUCGGAGGACAAGCAGGCGCAGCGCUUCUUGUUCCGGACGAGUGCAACCGAGAAGCCGCAAAUCUACGUUAUGGACGUGGCAACUUUCGGCGCGACGUCGUCGCCGUGCUCUGCGCAGUUCGUAAAGAACUUGAACGCAGAUCAGUUCGCAGAGAACGUAGACACCGUGGAGCAGGCAGUUCAGCGAGCCAAGGAGGUGAAGGAGGUACACUCGCGGGGUGGAUUCAACAUCAGGAACUGGGUGUCCAACUCCGCCACGGUCCUGAAAGCGUUGGGAGAGAAAAGCGUCGACUUCACGGUCGAUUUCAACCGGGACAAGGGACCGGAGUACGAACGCGUGCUGGGAAUCGUCUGGGAUCCUGCUGAAGACGUUUUCAGCUUCACAACGAUGACGAAGUCGGAGUACGCGAAGGUCCUGAGCGGGGAAACGCGUCCAACGAAGCGAAUCGUGCUCAGCAUAGUGAUGUCGCAGUUCGAUCCGGCCGGAUUUCUUGGACCAGUAACGAUUCGAGGAAAGAUGCUGAUCCAGGACCUGUGGCGCACGGGAUGCCAAUGGGACGAGUUCAUUGACGAGCUUUCUUUCAAGAUGUGGCUGCGUUGGACGAGUAUAUUGUUGGAUGCUCAGACGUUUAGGCUGCCCCGUAGCUACUUCGGGAACGCGCGAUCGGAUGAGAUCAAAGAAAUCCAGCUACACAUCUUCGCAGAUGCUGGAAAGAAGGCGUACGGUUGCGUUGGAUAUUUUCGCGCGAUAGUGCGCGGUGAGGUGGAGUGUGCUUUCGUUAUGAGUCGCUCGAAGGUGGCACCGCUGCAGUUGACCGCCGUUCCGCGCUUGGAGUUGAACGGAUCAGGCCUAGCCGCCCGGAUGUCGCAGACAAUUCACGAGAACCACAACUUCACAAUCACCAAAACGUUCUUCUGGAUCGACUCGGCGGUUGUGCUGUCAUGGAUCCGGUCCGAUCAGCGCCGGUACAAGCAGUACGUCGGGUUUCGGAUUGGAGAGAUCCUCAGUCUGACGAACAUCGACGACUGGAACUUUGUGUCGACCCGGAUCAACAUCGCAGACAUCCUCACGAAGUGGAGCACCGACCUCGACUUGAGCCCGAGCAGUCCCUGGGUACGCUGUCCCAGAUUCGUGUACGACGAUCAGAAGGACUGGCCGAAGAAAGCGCUUCCACCUCCGAACACAACCGUUGAGCUGCGGAUUCAUUUGCUCUUGCACGACGUGCAAGUCGUGGAGUCACUCGUGGAUGUCAGCCGGUUCUCGAGAUGGACUGUCCUGGUCAGAAUGAUGGCAACUGUUUGCCGGUUCGUGUCAAAUCUCAAGCGCAAGGUGAAAGGACUGCCGGUGGAGAAGCUCCAAGCGACCAGGAACCAGGAGAAGCUCUUAGGGUCGCCGGCGGGUUUGUCAGUACGAGUUCCACUGCAACAGAACGAGCACGAACGAGCGGAGCAGUACCUGAUGAGAAUGGCACAAACGGAAGACUACAUUGACGAGAUGAAGGUGCUCACGAGAAACAAGAAUCGCCCGACAAACCAGUGGAUCGCGCUGGAGAAGUCGAGCCCCCUGUACCAACUCACACCGUUGGUCGACGAGAACGGACUGAUCCAGAUGGAAGGACGGCUGGAGCAAGCCGAGUUUCUCCCGUUCGACAUGCGCUUCCCGGUGAUACUGCCAAAGAACAACCGAAUUACUGAGCUGAUUGUACAAGAUUACCACGAGCGGUGCGGAAACGGAUAUCGGCAGUCGGUCAAAAACAAGCUGAGGCAACUGUACUACAUCCCGAAGGUAGACGCGUUUGUUCGGCGAAUCGAGUCGGCGUGCACAGAAAAAAAUAUGUAA